UCCUGAAGUUUUCUUCGAGAUGAAAUCAAGUCAACAAACCGGCGCCCGUUACUCAAAAAGAAAGAAAGAAAAAGGAAAGCUGCAAGCCUCCCUCGGCAUGAUGGAUGGAUCAAAGCCGGACGAACUGCGGACGAACUGCACAUCUAGGCUCCCCUGCUUUGCACCCAAUCCAAUCUCCCAGAUUAACACAGCCAAGCACAGCAAACGCAGAUUCGAUCGAGAGGAGAAAAAUCCAGCUCGCCCGAGCCCUGAACGCAACGUCGGAUCGGGUCUCGUGCAGCAGCGGUAAUGAAUCACCACCGUCAUCGCCGUGCCCAAAAAAUGAAGCGCAGGAACGGGAUCCAAAGCGGCAGCAUCAGGCGGCUGCGUGAGGAGGUCGUGAAUCCGGGAGAAGAUUCGAUCCCGACCUCCCAACGAUCUCCAAGUCGAGACAGGUAUGCUCGUCCCCGUCCCAUCAAUCAAAACCCACUCUCGCGGCCUCCUCUUAGGCCUUCUUUUGGAGAUGUCUGUUAGUGGGCUUGAUAAUCCAUGAAUCUUCGCGGCGGCGGAUUUAGACGGGAAGGAGAGGGUUGGUGGUCUCGGUUUAAUUUCGUGGUGUUUAACUGAUUAUAUUUUCCGGGCUGGUGUAAUGCUCGCUUGACUGGAUUGGAUUGGGAUGUGAUAGGCUUGGUUCGAGUACAAAUCGCCACAAGUUCCUAUAUUAGUGAUUCUGAAAGGGAUUUGUGUUCCUGUGGCUAAAUUAGGGUUUCAUGCUCUCGGUCCAUUACUUUACCCUUAUUCGUCCCCCAAAUCCACACGUUUCUAUAUAAGUGAUACUGGAAGGGGAUUUGUGUUGCUGUGGCUAAACUAGGGUUCCGCUAGUCCGACUACUUUUCCUUAUCUGCCCCACGAAACGAAUCCUCCUUGCGCCUCCGGCGGCGUACUUGCGGCCAAAAAAUCGUGGGGUUUUCGACGCUCCGGUCCUCGAUUUAGUCUCUUGGUUCUCAAAUGGCGGCUUGAAUCAAAUCGUCCUUUUGUUCAGCCAUGUCUCAAAUCCAGAGCACCUCGAGGCAGAUCUAUGUUCUCCUCUCUGUACUGUGCGGGAAGUAUGCCGAGAGGCAACGGUCGCCAGCGGCACCUGAGGCAAAGCAGCUGCAGCCAUCGUACCCCUCCCCAGAGCUCAUCUCAUCUGGGAGGUUGGAGGUGCGCACGCUGAUCAACCCCACAAUUGCGCAAUUUCAAGAGACACUGCAGGCUGUGCAGCCCAACUUCUUGUACCUCCAGGGGCAGAAGCUUGAGAAUGAGGAGAUUGGUACACUUGCCUGGCAUGAUGUAUAUGUGUCAGAUCCACAUAUGUUUUGCUCACUCAUCACCCCACCAUUUCCGACCAUUGUUUAUCUGGAAAUUCCUAAUGGGGAAAACCUCGCCGAAUCUCUUCACUCAAAGGGGAUUCCAUAUUUAAUAUAUUGGAGGAAUUCUUUUUCAUCUUAUGCAGCAACUCAUUUUCGCCAUGUGUUGACAUCAGUUAUUCAGAGUUCCUGCAGCCAUAUAUGGGAUGCAUUUCAGCUUGCUCGUGCCUCUUUUCGAUUAUACUGUGUACGAAAUAACCAUGUUCGAAGUGUUGAGCUUGGGCCUCACCUAUUAGGGGAUGCUCCAAAGAUCAACAUUGCCCCUCCCGAUAAUGGAAUGGCUGAUGGAGAAGGUAGCUCUGAAGCUUUUUCAGCUAUAAAGAUACAUGACAAAGAUGUCAACAUGAAAUUUCUUAUCUGUGGUGUGCCAUGUACCUUGGAUGCAUGUUUGUUGGGCUCACUGGAAGAUGGUUUGAACGCUUUGUUGAAUAUUGAGAUUCGUGGGAGUAAACUACGUAAUCGAGUCAGUGCUGCUCCUCCACCUCUUGAAGCUGAAACUCUUCCAUGUGGGGUAGUUACAAUGCGUUCUGAUAUCACAACUUGCAGUUCUUCAUACAUGUCUCUUCUUGUUUCUGGCAGUGCACAAACUUGCUUUGAUGAUAAGAUUUUGGAGAGCCAUAUAAAAAAUGAAAUUAUUGAAAAGAGCCAAUUGGUUCGCUCUCUGCCAAAUAGUGAGGAUAAUAAGCCAUCUUCAGCAGAGCCUUUAACUUCCAUGUCGAUCGCUUGUGGAGCGUCUAUAUUUGAAGUCUGGAUGACCCUCCCCAAGUGGGCUGCAGAGAUUUUGAAACAACUUGCUCCAGAUAUCUCUUACAAAAGCUUGGUUGGACUUGGAAUUGCCAGUGUAAAUAGUACACCAGUAUCUUCAUUCAAUAGGCAAGAUGCAGAUCGACUUCUUUUCUUUUGCACAAGCCAGUACAAAGAUCGACCUAUUGAAGUCGGUCCAUAUUUACAUCUGCCAAGAUGGUCAGCAUCCCUUACUAAGGAGAGAAGAAUGAAGGGAAGUCUCGAGGUGGAACCAAAUGUUUCUUGUGCAAAUGGAGUUGGAGAUGACAAGAAACAUCUGAUGGAUGGAUCUUCUCUGCCAUCAGUCAAGACCAGGCUGAAGCCAGCAACAAUGAGACCCAUUCCCCGCUCUUCAAAGCAACACCUGCAUCCUUUUACGGGUUUCACUCAGUCUAUCAUUAAUGGUGCUUAUCAAACUAAGUCCAGCUUUCCAGCACGUCCACCAGGAAAGCAUAAUUCAGUACCUGCUGCCUCAGCAACUCGAAGGAAAUCGUCAUCCGGGUCAUCACGUUCUCAACAAGCACUUCUAUUGAAUCCUCUCCCAAUGAAGAAACAUGGUUGCGACCGGUUGCCUAUCCAAACUUGCCAUGAAGAAGAUUUCUUGAAAGAUCUCAUGCAGUUUUUACUCCAAAGGGGCCACACUCGACUUGUACCUCAAGGAGGACUAGCUGAAUUUCCAGAUGCAAUCCUAAAUGCAAAGCGCCUUGAUUUAUAUAACUUGUACAAAGAGGUUGUAUCCAGAGGUGGCUUUUAUGUUGGCAAUGGCAUAAAUUGGAAAGGUCAAGUAUUUUCGAAGAUGUGCAACCAUACUGUUACCAAUAAAAUGACGGGUGUUGGAAACACGCUAAAAAGACACUACGAAACAUACUUGCUAGAAUACCAACUUUGUCAUGACGAUGUCGAUGGUGAAUGUUGCUUGCUGUGCCACAGUACCGCUCCAGGUGACUGGGUGAACUGUGGGUUGUGCGGUGAUUGGGCCCACUUUGGAUGUGAUAAACGCCAAGGGCUAGGUGCUUUCAAGGACUAUUCAAAGACAGAUGGUUUGGAAUACAUCUGUCCCCACUGUAGCGGUACAAAUUAUAAGAAGCCACCACUACCCAAGAGAGUAGGCAAUAGUUCCGCAAAUCUGGCAUCUGCAUCACAAAAUGUUUAAUUUUCCUUUUCUUUGCGUGCCCCUUUUGUCCCACAUUUUGGGAGAGACGGGGCUGGCAGAAAGUAGGGCCUAGACGUGUGUAGUGUUGAGCCGUGUGAUCUCAUUAUUCUGGUUCACUUAUGGUGGAAAGUUAAGUGCAAUCUGUGACAGCUCAGGAAACAUCGAACCUGUUGUGUUUCAUAUUUCCUCAGGUUGUGACCGUGCAUUUUUUGGCCCAUUUUGUUAACAGUAUUGAUAAUUGACCAGUGAAGAAACGAUGUGUUCUGUGACUAUCGUAUUUCAUAUUUCCCUGCAAA